UCUCUAUAAAUAUUGAAGUCAUAAGUAGAACUUGUAACACAGCAACAUUAUCAAUCGCAUAUACAACAUGGGUGUUCUUGAUCACAUCUCCGACCUCUUCGACUGCUCUUACCGAAGAAGCUCCAAAUACAAGAAAAAACGCAAGCAGUUCCAAACGGUGGAAGUGAAAGUGAAGAUGGAUUGUGAAGGAUGCGAGAGAAAAGUGAAGAAAUCGGUGGAAGGGAUGAAAGGCGUGACACAAGUGGAAGUUGAACGGAAAGCAAACAAAGUAACCGUUAGGGGGUACGUGGAGCCUUCAAAGGUGGUGAAUCGAAUUACUUAUCGAACAGGGAAAAGGGCUGAGCUAUGGCCGUAUGUUCCAUACGACGUGGUUGCGCACCCUUAUGCUCCUGGUGUUUACGACAAAAAAGCACCUUCCGGUUACGUUAGAAACGCUUAUGAUCCGAAUGUUUCGAACCUCGCGCGUGCUAGUUCGGCUGAAGUUAGGUAUACUACUGCUUUCAGUGAUGAGAACCCCGCCGCGUGUGCCGUCAUGUGAUGUGAUCCCAUAGCAGCUUAUCAACAGUAUAUAACAUAGUUUGUCUGUAUUUUUGUCUUCUUUAAUUUCCUUUUAGUUUAGUUUGUCUUUUCUAUUAUUGUACUGUACAUUCCCGAAGAAAACAAGCAUAAUUUUAAAUUGCUGUUUAGAAUUGUAACUGUGGCUUCAAUGUUGCUUAUAUUCUAACUUUUGUAAACACAGCAUAAUUUUGGUGUAAUUUAAAAUCAAACUGGAUUCCUAA